GUCGCGGAAAUUCCCGGACGACGACGACGCCUCCGCUAACACCGCCGCCAUCUGAGCUCCGUGGCGCGAAGGGGAUUCUGAAGUCGCCAAGAAGAACCGCGGACGACGACAAACUUCGACCAUCAUGAAGCCGAUUCGAGAGCGCGGCUUCUCGAGCAGCUGCUGCUUCUGUUUCCAUGUGCGAACCGGGGCGAUCGCCAUCGGGGUCGCCUACCUGGUGGUGUAUUUGGUGACUGCAAGCCUGAUGACAAUUGCUGCAUUUUACCAAUCAGACCUUGCUGAUGUGGGGAAGAAAGUUAACCCUAACUGGUUCAGCGAGGAAGAUGGCACUGGAGUUGCAGAUGGCAGCAUUGGAAUGGUGGUUUGUUUGUUAAUGAUUACCAUCAGUGGCAUGUUGGUCUAUGGAUGUGUGUCGCACCGGGCUGGAUGGAUGAUUCCAUUUCUCAGCUAUCAACUCUUUGACUUCUCCCUCUCCUGCCUGGUGGUCGUGGGAUUCCUCACCUAUCUCCCGAAGUUCCGGAGCAGCCUGGAAGAAAUGGAUUUCCAGUACAAGGAAACCAUUGAGAACAUGGACACCACCUGGCUCAUCGUGUUCGCUGUCCUGUGCUGUGCGGUGGUGCUUGGAUUGAAGGCUUAUCUGGUGAACUGCGUGUGGAACUGCUACAAGUACAUCGUGCACCGAAACUCCCGUGACUUCAGUGUGUUUGCCAACCCAAAUGCAGACUACUACUUGCCACCGAGCUAUGAUACGGUGGUGAAGAUGCCGCUGAAGGAGGAGGAGAGUCCCCCGGCAUACACACCUGCCUAGACUUAUUGUUCCUCCAACCGUAUAAGACCCGCACCAGCCGGCCGCUCAACUGGGCCCAUCUCGAGUGUGAAGUUUCAACAAAUUAACGAGGGUGAUGGAAAUAUGUCGUUGCACUAACUUUCUUUAAAAAAAAGUUUUCACUUUUUUAUAUAUUAAGGUAAUAUAUUGCACUGUAAUUAACCAAAACAAAACAUUUAGCCAGAUUAAAACUUGUUAAAGUCACAGUUAAAAGCUGAGUCACUAUGUACCUUUUCAUAUGACUAAACGUUUUGUCAUGCAAUUUUCUUUAAAGAAAUUAGUGCUUCCACAAAUGGUGUGUUUGAAUAGCUGGUUCAUCAAUACAGAAGUUAUUUUUAAUGCAAACGUUAACUUCAUCUUAGAUGUGCUCAGUUGUGUUUUUCUCCGCAUUGUUUAUGCCAUUAUGUUUUGUGUUAUGGAAUCAUAUUAAAUAGCUGAGGGCACACGAUUAAUUAAAUUUCGAUGAGAAAUAUGGUUUUCACUCACAUUUUUAUUUUAAUCAUGUCAUUAUGUCAAGUCAGUUAAACAUGCUAAGGGUGGGGGUGUCAUGUUACUGAAAAUUUUGAUUUUGGGUGGACAUUUUAAUUUGUUGUAUAUGUUGAGAGGUUUGAAUAACCUAAAGGGGUAUUGCAUUUGUUUCCGCUUUCAUUUGUGAUAAAAAUUCUUCUGGCUUGGAUUGGUCAUUGAAAUUAGCCUUUAAAAUAAUUGAGUUUCCUCAUUAUUGUGCUCCUAAAAUCUAUCAAGACAACGUAUUGCAAUGUAUCUGCUAUAAAAUGAAAUAUGAAAAACACUGGACACUUUUACUCAAGUUGUAGUUUUUCCGCUGCAUGCCUUUGCACUGUUUUAGUGCGAUGAACAUUGCUUCACCAGAUGACCAUUCAGUCUAUAUGGUUGUGCAUGUUCUCAAUGGAACGCCUGAGGCCUCGUGUGUUCCCUCCCAUGGAACGUAAUAGGCUGGAUAUUGCACUCAGUUUUUACGUAAACGUUCGUAUAAACACACUGGAGAUUGUAUUCUUUAAACAAAAACAUUCCCCUACUAGAUACAUGGUGCUGGAUUACUCUGCCUGAAGGAGUAAGAACUAAACACCACUAUUAAAAACGCCGAUUAUGGUUAAAAGGAAUCAACUGUCAGGAACUGUAAUGUGCUUAUUAUGUAAUGCAUCUACAGGUAAUGGAUGUAAAACGCUGUUUAAGGUGUGUGGGAAACAUCAGUUGUGUGCAUUGAAUUUUGGCUAUGCAGAUGAAAAACUUAAGCAAAUAAAGUAAAAGUGAUUCA